UUACGCGGAUGAGGGAAUAAUAUUAUAAACUCGCAGCCCCUGGAAGCACCUCUACCUACCUCCCGCUAUCGGUGGCCAUGGCGGUCUCCUCUCUCCCUCGAGGGCUCCGCCCGCUCUGCACCCCUCUUCCAUUCUUAUGGUCUUCUCCUAGCGGCUUUCCCGGAUCCACCGCCCUUCGUGUGUCGCUGGUCCGUGGUCCUCUUCUCUCCUCCGCUCUUCGAAAAGUGCAGCACUCCAAGCCCAGUAUGUACUCGUGGAAUAUUGCUAGGGUAAGAAGUGGAGAGGCUGAGGGAAAUCCAAGCACUGAAGGCAUGAUGAUGGAUGAACAAACCUUGCAGCGUGAUUUAGAGAUUGCCAUCAAGGAAGAAGACUAUGCCCGUGCAGCUAAACUCAGAGAUGACCUUCGUGUUCUCCACGAGGACAGCAAGGCUUCUGUUCUUGCGGCAAAUGCUCGAUUCUACCAUGCCUUUCGGAAUGGAGAUCUGGCAGCCAUGCAGUCUAUCUGGGCAAAAGGAGAAAAUGUGUAUGUUAUACACCCAGGUGCUGGCAGGAUAUCAGGUUAUGAUCUGGUCAUGGGAAGCUGGGAAAUCGUGUGUGGUGCUGAUUAUGAGUUCCCUCUUCAAAUUGAUCUGAAGAAUGUUGAGGUUCAUGUGAGAGGGGAUGUUGGAUAUGUUAAUUGUAUGGAGGUGGUCAAGACCAAAGGCAGCAGUUGGGGGAAACAGGUCGCAACAAAUGUAUUUGAAAGAGUUGAUGGACAAUGGUAUAUAUGCAUUCACCAUGCUUCCCAUAUUGAUGCGUAAAGCUGGUAAUUGUGCUGAUAGCCCGGUAGCAUUCUCCAAAUUCCAUUCAUGCAGAUAUUUCGGUGUAUAAGAACUCACGGUUCCUGACUUAGGCUUUCAUGUUUAGUUUUUCUUUAUUUUUUCUCUCUUUUUUUGGGUUUGCUUGAAACCCUUUUUUCUCACUGUUUGGGUAAGAGCGGUAUACUGCUCGACUGGAUCAUCUACAUGAGAAAACAUUUUUAUUGUCUUUCUUGUACAGCAUGAAGACUGGUUUUCUUCACCGUCCAUUUACUGAUACAACCUUUCAUGAAGUCAUCAA